CGGGCGGGGCGCUCCCCGGGGGCUGGGCAGAGGCGACACCCUCGCCGCACCCCAGGCCGCCGUUGCCAGAGGGUGGGAGCCCGAGCGCCACCUCCAGAGAGGGUCUGUGCUCCUUUCAGUGACUCAUGCAAAGUGGUUCAUCAUGCGAAGGAGCUCGCUAUGUUUCAUUUCCCCUCUACUACCUUUCACUUACAUUCCAUACAGGAAGAUGUCAAAAACAACAGCUACUCUUGGAUCGUGAGUGGCAACAGGCGUGAUUCACAAAGAAGUGAUUUGCCUGUAACCACAAGAUGACUCAGGAUGGAUCAUGAAGCUGCCCAGCUGGAGCAGCAGCACGUACAUGCUGUGUAUGAGAGCACCGCUCCUUACUUCAGUGACCUGCAGAGCAAAGCCUGGCCUCGCGUCCGCCAGUUCCUCCAGGAGCAGAAGCCCGGCAGCCUUGUAGCUGACAUAGGUUGUGGGACUGGAAAGUAUCUUAAAGUGAACAGCCAGGUCCACAGUCUGGGCUGUGACUACUGUGGGCCAUUGGUAGAGAUUGCCCGGAGUAGAGGAUGUGAAGUCAUGGUAUGUGACAACCUUAAUCUCCCCUUUAGGGAUCAGGGCUUCGAUGCCAUCAUCUCCAUAGGAGUCAUACAUCAUUUUUCUACAAAACAAAGGCGAAUCAGGGCAAUCAAGGAAAUGGCCCGCAUCUUAGUCCCCGGAGGCCAGCUGAUGAUCUAUGUGUGGGCCAUGGAGCAGAAGAACCGGCACUUCGAGAAGCAAGACGUUCUUGUCCCGUGGAACCGGGCCUUGUGCUCUCGGCUCUUGGCGGAGCCCAGCCGGUCGAUGAGAGAGCAGCAGGCACAGCCGGAGAGGAGGCAGCCCUGCCCUCGACCUUGCACCCACUGGACCCGCGCCUCCAGCCUGCAAGAGCGUCGGGACUCCAAACGGUGCCACAGCGUGGACAGCGGGCCUGUCGCGACCACCAACUGCUGUGCAAGCGUCUCCAAGACAGGCGAGGGAGAGAACGGAUUCUAUAACACACUGGAGAGAUCUUUCCGCUCCUGGUUUUCCUCCCGGUCCUUCGAUGAGUCCACGCUGCGGAAGCAGUUUGUGGAAAGAGCCAGAGCCCUGACGGGCACAGAGGGCUGGGCCCCCACCCGCGCCGUGUCCACGCAGCCCUGCCGACACGCCAGCCUAGACCUGGCGCACCCAGGCCCGGUAGAGCCGACUCUGGAUGAGGAUGUGUUUGUGGAAGCAUCUGGGAAACACCUGGAGUGGCCGAGCGCGCCGGCUGCCACGCGGUCACUCCAGGGAGAUGGUCCAGACGCGGUCAAGAGAAACGGGGAUGCGCGUUUUCUGGAGGGCAGCGGCCCGCGCGGGGCCAGUGCAAAGGCAGGUGAUGCUGAAGGGGACCCUCCCGCCGGCCAGAGGCUGACGAGGGUCUCCGCGGUCCACUCCACGGUCUCCAACCCAGGGGGUCCCAGCAGGGAGCAGCAGCGGCCUGAGAGCUGGGAGACCACGGCCUUCAUGCGCUACUACCACGUGUUCUGCGAGGGCGAGCUCUGUGAGCUGCUCACUCAGCACGUGUCAGAGCUCCGUAUUCUCAGCUCGGGAAACGACCACGGCAACUGGUGUCUGGUCGCCGAGAAAAUUGCCAAGCGGCACUGUGAGUGACGGGGUCGCUUGAGACAUUCUGGGUGCAGCCGGCCGCACAGACUGAACUCGGGACCUUCUAAGGUGUCAGAAAACGUAUGAGCUGAUC